AAAUCUACGAAAGCCAAAAGCAUAAAAAUAAAAUCUUUUAGAACGAUCACAACUGCGCAUUUUGAGUCCCCGUUUCAAGUUAAAUGUCGCUCUUCUCACUCCUUUAUGUUCGCAGUGAGCUCGUGCAGUAGCGCGCAUGACGUCAUCGCUCCAUCUGCAAGGACGCGCACCCAAAAACGCGCAGCGAUGCACAUAUAACGUUAGCGUUUUAUUUUCCUAUUACAGCAUGUCUUAAACAUCAGCAGCCGGGAUUCAAGCUCGCAAGAUACCUGACAAACAUGGAGAGAGGGAACCAAGGUAUUUCCCAUUUUGAUCACUUUCUCCAAAGUCAAGAAUCUUCUGUGGUCAACAAGUUCCAGCAGAAGUACUGGAAAACCAAGCAAACACUGAUUAAAGUCACAGGAAAGAAGGAAGAUGAGCAUGUCGUUGCUUCCGAUGCUGAUCUGGACGCUAAACUGGAGGUGUUUCAUUCAGUACAGAGAACGUGCAUGGAGCUCCUUAAGGUGAUUGAACAGUAUCAAAGGAGAAUCAGCUUUUUGUCCCAGGAGGAGAAUGAACUGGGUCGGUUCCUGCGUUCACAGGGCUCUCAGGACAAAAGUCGAGCUGGAAAGAUCAUGCAAGCUACUGGGAAAGCUCUCUGCUUCUCUUCACAGCAAAGGCUGGCGCUGCGAGGUCCGCUGGGGCGUCUGUACCAGGAGGUGGAGACGUUUCGCUACCGAGCCAUUUCUGACACGUGGCUGACGGUGAACAGGAUGGAGCAGUCACGGACCGAGUACAGAGGAGCUCUGCUCUGGAUGAAGGACGUUUCUCAGGAGCUGGAUCCCGACACACUCAAGCAGAUGGAGAAGUUCCGUAAGGUUCAAACUCAGGUGCGUCAUACCAAGACAAGUUUUGACAAACUGAAGAAUGAUGUGUGUCAGAAGGUUGAUCUGCUCGGAGCCAGUCGCUGUAAUCUGCUCUCGCACGUCCUGACAACAUAUCAGACCACAUUGCUACAUUUCUGGGAGAAAACUUCUCACACUAUGGCUGCUAUUCAUGAGAGCUUCAAAGGCUGCCAGACUCAAGAGGCUUCAGCACUGGGGGGUUCAGAUCAAGCUGCAAAGAAAAAAGUAAAGAAGAAAACGAAGGCAAAAGCAGAAGAUGAGGAGACGAGUCAGAAUACAGAUGAAACGCUUAUUUCAAUUGAAGAAGAAACUCUGAGCAGUAACCUCAUGCAAACAGGAAAUGAUGACGCUUUCUCCGGCGGUCAGGAGAAGGAUGGCUUGAGUCUGUUGAAUGAGAUUCUGGGCAGCAGUUCUCUGGAGGACAGGGGUUUCUCACAGGAAUGGCGCGAGGUGUUUGGGGAAGAUGAUCCGGCCGACGGUAGCAGAGCAGAGACGCAGCUGCCCGAGGAGGAGCCCGCUUUCUUUCUGCCUUCCAAACUACUCGACCAGAACAUGAACGACCUGCAGUCCACAGUCUCAGGUUGGACAACAGCCAUUCCACAGAAUAUUCCUGAAAACUCAUCUGUAGCGAGUCAAAUCUCUUCCAAACCUGCAGUGAAAGAUACCUCAAAAGAUCUCUCUGCUUGGUUCAAUCUGUUUGCCGAUCUGGAUCCGCUGUCAAACCCCGACGCGAUCGGCCGAACCGAUGAAGAACAUGAGCUCCUGAACGCUUAAUCUGCCCUGUUACAGAUGCACUUUACACCCGUCGCACAAUCGACAGUUCAUGUGAGAGGCCUACAGACGCCUGUACCGCACAGAUAUCAGCCAUAGCAGUUAACCUUAAUUAUUUAACGAAGAAAUAUUUGCUGCCAAAGGAAACUAAUAAUAAUCACUCUGGCCUUGAUUCCUUUUUCAUUUGCUAGUAUUGUCAAGGCAGUUUGAUUUGCCAUAACAUUGUGGAUUUUCUUGUAUUACAUAAAUGUAUAUACUGACACAGCAUUAUUAGCAACAGUAAGUAGUUUGGGUUUGUAUAUUGUGAUAUUGCAUGAUUUCAGACUUUUUUAUCGUUAUUUAUUUUAGAUGUUGCCUUGAUCAGUUAUGAAAGAAAUGGAAAAGUAUUUUUGCAAAUGUUAUGUAAGUUGUCUUUCUUUAAUGCCGUCAACUAAAACUAAUGCUGCAUUUCAGAAGCCUUAAAUAUGAGAGGACUUUAUCACCGUCCUUCAAUUAAUUUAUUUUAAUGAACAUUAUAUAUAUAUAUAUAUAUAUAUAUAUAAUAUUAUCUUAUGGAAACUUCACCUGAUGUGAAAGCAGCUAUUAAUAGGUCAAGGUGUACAUAAAUUUAACACCUUAUUUAAGAUGUACUGUAUGGUUAUGUUAUAGAAAGCAACUGUGCUCACUUUUUACAGGCUUGGUUCUGGAAGUAAUUUUCUGGAAGGGUUUUAUUUUUUUAUUUUUAAUUCAUUCAUUUAUUUAUUCAUGAUGGUGGAUUUUUCCCCCCUUAAAAGCGUAUAUAAUAAAUAAUAAAACAUCAGAGCUCAUGGUUUGUUGAAAGGUUUAAACAUUAUGAGAAAAUUAAUAGGAUUUUUACUUCCAGAACCUGACUAUUGUACUCUAUUAUUUUUGUCAUGAAUACCAAUCAAAUAUUGUAUCCAAUAAACAACUUGGUCAGACCAGGUCAUAUGAAGUAAGCAUUUAUGUAUAUGUUGGUUAACUGUAUUUCUUAGUGCUGAUUAUGUUUGUGUGCCUGAAAACAGGUUCCCAUGUACUAUAAAUUACUUUUCACCGUACAUAUUAAACUACAAACAUGCAAGUGCAAUAAAAUGUAAUAAAGAUUUGUAAAUGUGAUUCCACAUAACACAAUGCACAGUGGGACCAAAAGGCCUUACUGAAGUCAGUUCAUAUCAGAGCUUUACUAGACAAAGUAAAAUAUGCAUCACCAUAAAUCGUAUCCCGCUACACCAAAUAAUGCCAUAUAAUUUUCAAUAUUUUGUGUCGUACUUGUGUGUUUCUUCCAUUUCUAAUACGACUGUAACCCUGAAUGGCAUGAAAUGAAUAAAAGCAGCUUCAUUUUACCCAAUAGUAUGACUAUACCUUUUAUAAAGUAUAUACACAAAGUACAUGCUACCGCUAGAAGU